CUCUUACUAAAACGUCACUCUUUCUCUCACUAAAACUUCCUCUGACUCCUAACCCGUCUCCUUCAUGACUGACCAGAUCAGCAUGUAACCUCCAUGUUUUCCGAACGGUGCUUGGUUUCUCUCUCAGGUUGAGGUAUCUGGAAUUCUAGGGUUUAAGCGCGGGGGUGGUUUUUGAGGUUUGGGAAACGGCAUGUCGACUUCUUCGUCGUCGUCGUCGAAGAUUUGUUACAACUCGGACUGUACGGAGCUGAAAUCGGAGAGGCCGAGGAAAGGGUGGCGGCUUCGCACGGGGGAGUUCGCGGAGCUAUGUGAUCGAUGCGGUAUUGCUUAUGAGGAGGGAAGAUUUUGUGAUACUUUCCACUUGAAUGCUGCAGGCUGGAGGAAUUGUGAGUCUUGUAGGAAGCCGGUUCAUUGUGGAUGUAUAGUUUCAGCCCAUGCCUUUACAUUGCUGGAUCCUGGAGGCAUUGAAUGUGCAGCAUGUGCAAGAAAAAAUGUUGUUCUGGGGCAAAAUGUUCCAUGGUCAACUCCUCUGUUUUUCCACUCACCGCCUGUUAAAAGUUGGAGCCAGUUAGCAGGAUCUGGUCCUGUACCUUGGCGGCAAGCACCCACGUUGUUCAACUCAUCUGCUUCUCAACCUGAGUUUCAUCCCAGGGUAUCUUAUGAAGUUGACUUAUCUACAGGCAUUGACAGAAUUGGGGCCAGUGAAAGGCCAUCUUUCCCUUCCCUAGAAAAGAGGAAAAUAGAAAGCUUUUCUGAAAGACUAAUGAAUGGAAGCUUGAAGCUUGGGACACGGGAUAUACUUGAGAAUGGACAUCCAGGAAUUAAUGGUGAGGAACAGCCUAGCUCAUGUUCAAAUAAACCUCAGCAGCAGUCUUCCCUUCUAAAGCAGGAUCAGUCCAAUCCACAGUUUGGUCUAGCUGCACCUCAUACAUCCCAAGAUGAAACAAAUGGUCAACAAGGGGUUACUAACACUCACUUGCGAUCAGUCACGCAACCUCCUCUCACAAAGCAAUUUCAUGGUAGCCAACAAAAUGGGCUUGACUCAUCUAAUGAAACUCAGGUACGCAAUGGGAGGUCUCGACAGGAAGCACGUGGAAGGAAUCUGUUAUAUCCUCGGUAUUGGCCAAGGUUUACUGAUCAAGAUCUACAGCAGAUAUCUGGGGAUUCAAAUUCUGUAAUUACUCCUUUGUUUGAGAAAACGUUGAGUGCAAGUGAUGCCGGACGAAUUGGGCGUUUGGUUCUGCCAAAGAAAUGUGCAGAGGCAUACUUCCCGCCAAUAUCUCUGGCUGAGGGCUUACCUCUUAAAGUCCAGGAUGCGAAAGGAAAGGAAUGGAUAUUUCAGUUCCGGUUCUGGCCCAACAAUAAUAGCAGAAUGUAUGUUUUAGAGGGUGUUACUCCUUGCAUUCAGAACAUGCAACUGCAAGCAGGUGAUGUAGUAACAUUUAGUCGGUUAGAACCAGGUGGAAAAUUGGUUAUGGGUUGCAGAAAAGCUCCAACUGCUCCAGCAUCAGAUCAGGACAAUGAAGGGAAGACUGGCAAUGGAGUUUCAGUACAUGUAGAUGUUGACUUGGCUGAUCCCACCUCAUGGUCAAAAGUUGAUAAGUCAGGGUACAUAGCAAAAGAAGCAUUGGGAUCUAAAUCUGCAAUUUCUAGGAAGAGAAAGAAUAGCAUGCUAGUUUCAAAGAAUAAGCGCAUAAGAAUUGAUAACGAGGACCUAAUAGAGCUGAAAAUAACAUGGGAAGAAGCUCAAGGACUGCUUCGCCCACCUCCCAACAAUGUUGCCAGUGUUGUAGUGAUUGAAGGAUUUGAGUUUGAGGAAUAUGAGGUACAACGGUUUCUGGGGCCAUCCUCCUAUUGUUUUAUGUUUACUUGUCUUUGUUUUUUUAAUUUCUGAUUUCAACACACUGCAUUCUCUCUAUAACUUGUUUGGCAAUUGGAUGUGUUACAACAGGAUGCACCAGUAAUUGGGAAGCCAACAAUAUUUGUGACAGAUAAUGCUGGGUAAAUUACUUUCUGUGUGUUCAUUUUAUGUCCAUUGGUGAUGUCAUGUAUAUAUUAUGUGUUGUCUGUGUGUGUGCCUAUAUUUUUUUUAGCAUCUCAUCAUGUUUUUACAAUUUUGGUUAUUAUUUAUUUAUUAUUAUUUUUUUGUAUUGGUCAUGAAAACUACCUAUGCAAUGUAUGUCUAGUGUUUUAGUAGUAUUUUUUCAGGUUGUUAAUUUCUGUCCAUGGCAAGGGUACACCUGUUCUAUCCUAAGAACAUAGAAAUUUGCACUUUCAGUAGUACAACACCAAGGAUAAGAAAACAUCAAAUCAUUAAAUUUUAGAAUUAUUUAUGCUUUUCCUCUCGUCUGUACUUGUCUUUUUCUUUCAUCUAUCUUACUUGGAAUGGAUUUGUAGUUUUGCUUGAUGCUGUUUCUCCUUUUUUUUUUUUUUUUCCUUUAUCAGUGAGAAGUUUCAAUGGGUUCAGUGUGAGGAUUGUUUUAAGUGGCGCAAGUUGCCUGCUACCACACCUCUUCCAUCCAAGUGGACUUGUUCAAUUAAUUCAUGGGAUCCAUUAAGGUAAGUCAUGUAUUCCCU